AUGUCCGAUUUUGAGCUUCGAGCCAAGGUGACUCUGCUCCCACUGGGGACGGAUUACGCCAUAGCUCGUGAAUUCACCCUUAGCGACACAAAUUACUCGAUUAUGAUCGGGCGCGCUUCAAAGCGGGGUCUUAAAAAUCGCUUUGCGGACCCUGAGAAUGGAUGGUUUGACUCGCGGGUCAUGUCUCGGGAUCAUGCGGAGUUGCAUAUGGAGCCUGGCAAGAUGGUCCUCAAUAUUGAUGAUCUCGCUUCGACCCACGGAACAUGGCUAAACAAUAACCGACUGAUCUCAGGGGAGUCCACACCGUUGCUCAGCGGAGACAUACUGCGAUUCGGUGUGGAUGUGGAACGCGGCGAAGACGUUUUCCCCGCUCUGGUUGUUCGUUGCAAAGUCGACUGGUCAAGCGAACCAAAGUAUGUGACUCCCCAGAUCUGGUCUUCCCGAACCAGGACUGAUGUCCGGCCCAGGAAUACACAGAACAAUGAAAUCACAGCUUCGAAGGAUUCAUUCCCCGCUUCUGAGCUCAAGGCUGCAUCUGCCUCUCGACAGACCUCUACCAAUACCUUCUGCGUACCCGAGGAUGACAGCGAUGUCGAUGAAGUUAUACAGAUUCACGAGUCUUAUAAGGAGCCUCAAGAUACUCACGUGGACGAAGUAAAGACCAUGAUCUCACCCGCUCUCACUUCCGAAGCUCAGGAUACUUCUGUGCUCGUGAACUGCCAAUCUGGCGGUCUCAGGAAGCACUUUCCGCCACCAUAUAGUGUCCCACCGCAAUUCAUCAUCGACCAGCAGCAACAGUGCCCAUCCCGCACCUUUACUGAUGAACCACCUCUGAAUGGGGAAAUGUCUGAUUAUCCACGAUUCGGUGUUAAGCUUGACAAGGAUAAUUGGUCGUCGGAGGUCGAGAAAGAGUUGAAACAGGCUUUUGACGAACAGAUUGAAGAAGGUGACUCCGAGUUUGAAUCGGAGUCUUCGGAAUCUUCUUCAUACGGCUACAAUGUCGAGAAUGAGUUCGGGGAAGAAGAGCUGGACAAUCUGUUGCUUGGUAGCUCAGAUCUUGAAGAAGAUUCUGUCGCAGCCUCUUCCUCCGGAGCCGAAUAUGAAUAUGCCUCCGAGGCUGAGUCUGCCUCGGAAGCCUCGGACGCCUCCAGUGAUUCCGAUGACGCUUCCCACGGUUCUAGCGAGGAAUCCUUGGGCGAGGAGAACGAGAAGGAAUGCAUUGACCCGACCCUCUUGACUCAGUACCAACUCGGAGCUGAGGAGGCAGUAACUACCAUCCCGGUCUUUACACGGGCUACCCUCAAUCCUAGCUCAGAGCCGCAACCCAAAUCUAACGACAUGAAGCACCACACAUCCAACUUGCAUGGUCUCCAGGUGCGCUUCCCAAAGUGCCCUAUCAACUCUCUUUUGAACGGUGCGCCCUCACAAAUCUCGCACCAGGGAGAUGAUGUAAAUGCCCGUGACCUUUCGACUCAUACCGAAAACCUUCAAAUUCCUGGAUAUGCGCCCUACCGUGAUGGGCCAUUUUCUUGUGACCCGGUUGACAAAGAGAUUGAUGUGAAUGAAUGGAAGGACCGGCCCAAGCUCUCCUUGAAGCGUAAGGCCUUUGAGAUGGAAACCCAAGAUGCCCAGCUGCCGGAACUUAUUGUUCCACCAUCUGAAGACCUGAGCCUCAACACGACCCAACAGUCUCAGGUCGCCACUGCCAUUACCUCCGCUCUGUCUGAGAUCGAACCUUCGAGCAAACGAGUCAAGUCGUCACACUCAUCAAACCUAGGAACAUACACCGCUACCGCCGUUGUUAGUGCUCUUCUGGGCGGACUUGGCACCAUCGCUCUUCUGGCAGCUCUACCGGCUGAAUACUUCCAGUGA